AACAUACAGAAGCAAAGCUAUCAAAGUGCACGUUUUAGUUAAUCGAAAGUCAAAAGCAAUUAGUAAGAUCAAAAUUUAUCAAUAAUUGAGAGAUCAAAAAUGCAAUUUCCCAGGCAUAUAUACUGAGCAUAAGCUAAGCAGAAAUGUCGAUAUUCGGGACCGCUGCUGCUGGGAACACAAAUCCGAAUAAGUCUACAGAGGUUCAACAACCUCCUGCUGAUUCUGUAUCAAGCCUCUGCUUCAGUCCGAAGGCUAAUCUUCUGGUUGCUACUUCAUGGGAUAACCAGGUACGAUGUUGGGAAGUGAUGGGAAGUGGAACCAACAUUGGAACUGUACCCAAGGCCUCUAUAUCACAUGAACAGCCGGUUUUAUGCUCCGCUUGGAAGGAUGAUGGGACAACUGUCUUCUCUGGAGGCUGUGACAAGCAGGUGAAAAUGUGGCCGCUAUCUGGUAAUCAACCCAUAACAGUAGCUAUGCAUGACGCUCCCGUCAAGGAAUUGGCUUGGAUCCCAGAGAUGAAUCUCUUGGUCACAGGAAGCUGGGAUAAGACACUGAGGUACUGGGAUUUGAGACAGCCAAAUCCAGCCCAUGUCCAACAACUUCCUGAGCGCUGCUAUGCACUUACAGUGAAACAUCCUUUGUUGGUUGCUGGAACAGCUGAUAGAAAUCUUGUAGUUUUCAAUUUGCAGAAUCCUCAGACCGAGUUCAAGAGAAUAACCUCACCCUUAAAGUAUCAAACUCGGUGUUUAGCUGCCUUCCCUGAUCAACAAGGUUUCUUGGUUGGCUCUAUCGAAGGACGGGUUGGUGUGCAUCAUCUUGAUGACUCGCAACAAAGUAAAAACUUCACAUUCAAAUGCCACAGGGAGGGCAACGAAAUUUACUCGGUCAACUCUCUGAAUUUCCACCCUACACAUGGAACGUUUGCAACUGCAGGAUCUGAUGGUGCCUUCAACUUUUGGGACAAAGACAGCAAACAGAGGCUUAAGGCAAUGUCAAGAUGCAGCCAACCCAUACCUUGCAGCACAUUCAACAAUGAUGGCUCAAUCUAUGCAUAUGCGGUUUGUUAUGAUUGGAGCAAGGGUGCAGAAAAUCAUAAUCCAUCAACUGCAAAAACAUACAUUUACUUACACUUCCCACAGGAGUCUGAGGUUAAAGGCAAGCCACGAAUUGGAACUAGUGGUAGAAAGUGAAAUCAGCGGUAAAGCUUCUUCUCACCAUUUUGGAGAAAGUUCGUCGUGUUGUUCUGUACAUGGAGACAUUUUUGGGUUUUUCCGUCUGCAGUCAUGCAAUUAAUUCGUAGUUUGAGCUUUGAAAACUCAAAAGAAAGGUUCACAGGUAGUGAUUUUAGUCUGAUAUGCCUUAUUAGUAGGAGCUUGCUUGUGACAAUACUUGUAUAUAAUUAGAUAAUUGCUUAGUCUCCAUCUCUGCUUCACUAGCUUGUAAACUGUAGCCCCUGGCAGUGAUUGAUUUGCUAUCUCAAAAGUCGAAUUACAGCCGUUUCGCUUUUAAAGUUCGUAAUUACCUCAUGAAGUAGAGUCCUCAAUGGUACUUGAAUCUAAGGGGUGGCAAAUGGGCAAUUUUUUGCACGGAUUGUCCUUCAUACGGACUUGUCUUUAAUUUUUGUCCCUCAUAUUUGUGGUCUGUAAUUUGUGCCCCUGCUGCUUGUUUAAUGAAAAUAUCCGAAUAUGCUUCGCUCAGC